AUGAAUCAUCUCAUAGUUUUUCUGUUAGCCAUUGCUUGGUGUUUUGGUUUAAACGAAGGUCUUGUGUGUAGUACUGGUAACCCGCGAUGUAACAACGCGUGUCUCCUGAACACUUUAGAAUUUCGAAACGAACUCACUCCAGGUAAUAUUCUCAAAGUCAACUGCACAUCCAACAGAAACGAGGAUAAAGGUCACCACGAUGUGACGUUCGGUAACUCAUUCAGAUUUUUUGUUAACGAGAAUGGAGACAAUAGAAUAGUAUGGCGUUGUCACUUGAGGCAAGGUCCCAACAUGGAGCAUUUUCUAGAGUUAUGGAGAGCAUAUAGAGGAGCAUAUGCAAGUCGAUGUGGUCAGCUACGUUCAUGGAUUGCAAGAGUUGAUGGUGUUCAUUUACUGAGAAAUGAUGAACACAAAGGGCACCAACAUCAUUGGAUUACCUAA